ACCGAACUAAGAACAUUUAUAAAAAUUAAAGACAAUUCUUGAUCUAUUGACCUAAAUAAAAAUAAAGAUAACGUUACGGUAACACAACUACAGCAGAGCCAAAAGCGGAGACUACCGCAUUGCUUCUGUCCCAACGUAAAAUCAAUACCGGACGGUAAAAAUGUCCAGGAGGGUGUCCGGAAGGUUUCUUACAGUUUUUCCUUACAAAAUUAACAGAAAUAUGUUUAAAUAAUCGGUGGCGGUUGGGAAGAGAGGUUGUUGUACAGAUUCAGUAGUGGGAUGACAGAAAAAAAUAUUUAAGCAACAUGUAUAGGGAAUUAUUUACUAUAAUAGUAUAUUUUGUACAUUUUGGAAAACCGCAAUGGGAAUGUGCGCUGAUAAUAUUGCUAGCUAUAACUACCGUUUGUAAAGCGGAAUGUCAGACGCGCCAAAUUUAUUGUUACGAAUGCGACAGUUGGUCGGACAUGCGUUGCAAGGAUCCUUUUAACUAUACCGCCCUGCCUAAGGACCAGCCUCCCUUGAUGACUUGUAAUGGCUGUUGUGUUAAGAUGGUUAGGAAUGCUAAGACAGAUUAUGAGGUGGUACGCCGAACCUGCACCUCUCAGCUACAGAUCAAUCUCUUCAUGGUGGAUCACGUGUGCAUGAUGGAAAGUACAGGGACGGGUCACAUGUGCUUUUGUGAGGAGGACAUGUGCAACCGCGGCGUCGCUCAAACGUCAACAACACUCCUCGCCUCUGUAGUGACCGUUGUAUUGCUGCGUCUUGUCUGCUGCAUGAUUAGUUAGAUUUUAUUUGUGCCUUAAAUAAGGCACAAUUGAAGUGUGAAACCUUUUAUUUAAAGUGGACAAUAAAAAGCUAAUCUACAGGGUAUAUAAUAGGUUUCAUACUUGAAUUAAAAUCCAGCCUGGACUUGGAGAUAUAAUUAUGAUUUUGUCACUAGAUUAUAGGAGUAGACAUUAUAUUGUUUUCACUCUGUACCAUAUCACGUAGAAAUCGUAACAAUAAUUGUUCAUAUCAUUUAUUAUUUAAAAAAUAAUGUUGAAGUGUUAAAAAUUUUUGCUCAAAGUUUGCUUUCGUUUUAUUAUUGUAUAGAAAUGUUUUAACUAGAAAUUUUAUCGUUCGCCAUCUUGUGACUAAAUUGCAAUCAAUUAUCUAAUUACAAUAAAUAAUACUUUCAGAUUGUUUUCGACGAAAUGGCGGACUAAACUAUCCAUGAAUAUAGUAUUUUACUACAAGUGCUGCCCAAUUUUCUUCUCAAACCUUGUGUAUAUAAGUCAAUUAUGUAAAACAUUUCCUUUCUUAUUUAUUUAUUGAUUAUUUUUUUUGUUUUUUCAUAACAGACUAAUAGAUAGAAUUUUAAAGCAUGGUUUUUGCACGAUUUGCACCUAGUGUUAGGAUGUUUCUAUUUGUUACGUCUUAUAUCUUUUAAAAAAUACAAUUUAGUUCAUAAUAGAAAUAUCCUAUACAAAGGCACAAAAAACAGUUUGAAAAACUACUGUGGUCUCGCAAAUAGCAGAAAACAGACAUAAAACCACAGUAUUAUUAAUUUACAGUCCCGAAAAAUCACGAGCAUGCCACCUGAAUUUUAAACGAAAGUUUUAGAUGCUUCUGAGAUAGAAAAUUUAGCAGUUGAAGUUUUAGAAUCCUAACACAAGAUACACUUUUAGGUUGUCCUGCCCCUCACAGAAGUAUUUUAAGCCUUAACUGGUAUUUUCCCCAUGGACAUGCCCAAAAUAUUGUUAAGGAGUGAGCUUUGUUUUUGAUACUAAGCGUAAUAUCAAGAAAAGAGCUCAUCUAACAAAAUUUUGGGACCCUAAUUUAUAAGCUGUUUUACGCCUACUUUGUAUGUAAAUACUUAAUGAUUUUAUUACAACUUGCAUUAUUUGAAAUUGCUGUUAAAUUGUGUGUUUAAGAUUAUAUGAUAAAUAUUAUGUAUGAGAGAAUAUAUUAAUUUAUUCGUCAA